AUGGCUUCCGAAAGAAAACUGAUAAUGGUUGUGAUACUAUCGUCGUUGCUCAUGAAAGUAGCAUUAUCUCAAAACGGUGUAGUGAUGGGAGAUUACUCGUUCAAUUCUGGAAAAGGUUUUGGGGAGGAACUCGCUAUGUUUGUCAAUUUAGAUUUGGGAAUGAAAGACAAAUACGUCAUUUUACUAUUUAUAAAGAUAACAGAGAUAAUAUUCACAAAUAUGAGUGCAGACACUGUUUUUGGACCAUCAGAAGGAAUGGACCUUGUGCCUUAAAUUCACAUACUGGAAGAUAUGACAUUUGUU